AUGCCUCAAGAGACUCACCCUACUGAGCACAAGGAGUCAUUCUUCCACAAGAUCCUCGAUCAUCACCAUGACAAGCAUGGAAACGAGGGCCAGGCCACCGAGGGCGGGCUGCAUUCCGAACUGAAGAAGGAUCAAGGAGACUUCAAGCAAUACAUCAAAGAGGACAGGCAGCUCGAAGAAGAGGGUCAGACAUACGGAGGCUUGAUGUAA